ACUCCGUACACAUAUCUUUUCUGCAUUGCUGCCUCAAUGCGACUUCAUCUUCUCAACUUGUAAUCAUCCUACUGCAUCCUAUCCUAUGGCAGACGUUUCUGGGCCUCACGGCUCCGGGCUCGACCCCGAUGCGCCGCCAUCCAGUGCUGGCUCUGCCGGCCACUCCGCAGCUAACGACCUACGUUCGGGCCCGCCCCCGAUGACGGAGGAAUUGAAGGCUAGAAUGGAUAAAGUCAUUUAUUCGGAUAUCGGUAUCACCACUCUCCUGACUCGGCUCAAGCAAAGUGUCUCCUCCGCCAAGGAUUUCUCUAGCUUCCUCAAAAAACGAUCCGGCCUCGAAGAAGAGCAUGCGCAAGGUUUGAAAAAGUUGUCCCGCUCGCUCCACGACGCGGCUCAUCGCACGGAAAACCGCCAGGGCACCUAUGGUAACAGCUACAAUGACCUCAAUCGCUUUCAUGAGCGCAUGGCGGAUCAUGGGCUUCAAUUCGCCGUCUCGUUGCAGCAGAUGGCCGACGACCUCAAUGAGCUGGCAACAAAUAUUGAACGUGGCCGCAAGCAAUGGAAGCAGACUGGCUUGAGUGCAGAGAAACGGGUGUUGGAGGCUGAAGCAUCCGCUGAAAAGGCAAAGGCCAAAUAUGUGUCGUUCGCUGAACAGUUGGAUCGUGUGAAGACGGGCGACAGACAGGGCGGAAAGUUCGGUCUGAAGGGCCACAAGUCCUCGGCUCAGCACGAGGAGGAGCUGUCGCGCAAAGUACAGAAUGCGGAUUCGGACUACUCUGCUAAGGUCCAAGCUGCGCAGACGGCUCGACAGGAACUUGUCUCAAACCACCGCCCUACAGCCGUAACGAACAUCCAAAAGUUGAUUUCGGAAUGUGACUCUGGUCUGGCGCUGCAGCUGCAGAAGUUUGCAACUUUCAACGAGAAGCUAUUGCUGGGACAAGGAUUGUCAAUCAGUCCUUUGAAGGAUGGCACGGCGAAUCCUGCUUUGGCGCCAAAGAGCUUGUACGAAGUUGUAUCGCAAAUCGAUAACGAGAAGGACUUCCGCGAAUACAUUCUUAGCCACGAGAACAAUCCCGCUGCAGUGACAUCAGAACAGAUCAGAUAUCAAAGGCAUCCGACUCUUGGUGGCUCUGGGCCUGUGGCAGCUGUCUCUGCGCCCACAACGCAGAAUAAAAGACAAUCGACUUUCCUCCCUUCCUCCUUUUCCACACAGACCCUCUCCUCUCCGCAAGCAUCGACCCAGACGUCAGCACCAGCACCAGCGCCAGCGCCAGCACCCGCACCCGCACCCGCACCCACAAACGUUCCGGGGCCGGCGCCAGCUACUGAGACAUUGCCAUACCAUCAAAAUCCAGACUCGUUCAGAUCGCCGCCAUUCCAACCGCAGCCACCUUACCCCACAAGCUCCUCUGGUCCCCUGGAGCCAUACCACGCUGCAAGUCAACCACCUGCGCUGCCAGCUAAAACUCCCCUCCAUGCGCAGGGCAAUGGUUUCCAGCCACACUUACCUCCUCUAAAGCCGGUGUUCGGUGUAUCACUGGAGGAUCUGUACACACGAGAUGGGACAGCAGUGCCCAUGAUUGUCUACCAAUGCUUCCAAGCUAUUGAGCUUUUCGGUCUUGAUAUGGAGGGCAUCUAUCGUCUGUCCGGAAGUGCCGCCCAUAUUAGUCAAAUGAAGGCACUAUUUGACAAUGACUCGUCCCAAGUGGACUUCACCAACCCAGAAAGCUUCUACCAUGACGUCAAUAGUGUCGCGGGGUUGUUGAAGCAGUUCUUCAGAGAUCUACCUGACCCAUUGUUCACAUCGCAAUUUUAUACCGACUUUAUUCACGCAGCUCGUCUCGAUGAUGACAUUCAGCGCCGCGACUCCCUGCACGCGCUUGUGAACAGCCUGCCUGAUGCCCACUAUGCUACCUUGAGAGCUCUAAUUCUCCAUCUCAACAAGGUACAAGAGCACUAUACCCAAAACCGUAUGAACGCAGGCAAUAUCGCCAUCUGCUUUGGGUUCGUUCACCACCCAUUCUUCCCCACUUCCCCCUUCUUUCUCCCUAGAUUUGUAUGGACUAACACCCGUCUACCCAGACCAACCCUCAUGGGUGCCAGCUCCAGCGGCAACAUCGCCGAUGCAGGCUGGCAAGUGCGUGUCAUCGAGACAAUUCUCGCCAACACGUUCCAGAUCUUCGACGACGAUUAGAUCUUGUCUGAUGGUGCUGCGCGGACAUGAUUACUCUUUUCUUCCCCCUCGAAUCGUCUUGUCUCUCGCCGCUGCUAGAACCGCCAAUCCUUGGAAUUCGCUUCAUCUCCCCUCUUCUCACGCGGAUACCACUGCAAUCUAUUCCCAUGUCUUUCAAAUUCGCUGCUUUUGUUCUCGUUGCUUUCCUCUGUGUGCAAGUUGUGCUUUGGGAACCCCCGGUUGAGUUUCGAUUUCCUGUACGUGUAUAUAUGCCAUCGCUACCUAAUACCGGCGCCGAGGGUGGGGAAGUUUUGCCUCUCUUCAUCUAGUUUACCAUCCCCAUUUGCUCUGUAGAUGAGCGAUGAGCUGAGUAAAGGAUCGCGUCGGUGACUCCGUUAUGCAUAUUCCCUUAUGGGUGUUCGGAGGGUGUCUACUUGCGACACAUGAGGUCUUAUA